AGGGGAAGGGGGGGGGGAGAGCCCCCGAGUAACAAACAGCAUGAACUUGUGCCCCACCAGCAGAGGCCGGUAGGGAUCCGCAGACUGGGACCAGAGACUUGUUCGCAGCCCAGGAAUGGCCUUCCCGCAGCCCAAACCCGCAGACACGAAGAUCAUCACCUACCCUCCCGGUGUCAAAGAGAUUACUGACAAAAUCUCCAACGAUGAGUUGGUUAAAAGGCUCAAGAUGGUGGUUAAAACAUUCAUGGACAUGGACCAGGACUCUGAAGAUGAAAAACAACAAUACCUUCCACUGGCUUUGCACUUGGCUUCAGAAUUCUUCCUCAGGAACCCUAACAAAGAUGUGCGUCUGCUCGUGGCAUGCUGCCUGGCUGACAUCUUCAGAAUCUAUGCUCCAGAAGCUCCAUAUACAUCUCAUGACAAACUCAAGGACAUUUUCAUGUUCAUUACACGGCAGCUGAAGGGAUUGGAAGAUACGAAAAGUCCACAGUUCAACAGAUAUUUUUAUUUGUUAGAGAACCUGGCAUGGGUGAAGUCCUAUAACAUCUGUUUUGAGCUUGAAGAUUGUAAUGAGAUUUUCAUACAGCUCUUCAGAACCCUCUUCUCGGUCAUUAAUAAUAGCCAUAAUCAGAAGGUUCAGAUGCACAUGCUGGACUUGAUGAGUUCUAUCAUCAUGGAAGGAGAUGGAGUAACUCAGGACCUGCUGGACUCCAUUCUAAUCAACCUUAUUCCUGCACACAAGAAUAUGAAUAAACAAGCUUAUGAUCUAGCUAAAGUACUGCUGAAGAGAACAGCACAGACAAUUGAACCAUGUAUUGCCAGUUUCUUCAAUCAGGUCCUGGUGCUUGGGAAAUCAUCUGUCAGCGAUUUGUCUGAACAUGUCUUUGAUCUGAUUAUGGAGCUUUUUGCUAUUGAUCCUCAUCUGCUGCUCUCAGUUAUGCCGCAACUUGAGUUUAAACUCAAGAGUAAUGAUGGAGAAGAGCGACUGGCUGUUGUUCGACUUUUGGCUAAGCUGUUUGGUGCAAAGGAUUCAGAGCUUGCAACACAAAACCGACCUCUUUGGCAGUGUUUCCUAGGACGGUUUAAUGACAUUCAUGUUCCAGUGAGACUAGAGUGUGUGAAGUUCGCAAGUCAUUGUCUGAUGAAUCAUCCUGACUUAGCCAAAGAUCUUACAGAGUUCUUGAAGGUCCGAUCACAUGAUCCUGAAGAAGCAAUCCGACAUGAUGUUAUUGUUACGAUAAUAACUGCUGGAAAGAAGGACCUGUCCCUGGUGAAUGACCAGCUGCUUGGGUUUGUGAGGGAGAGAACAUUGGACAAAAGGUGGCGAGUGCGGAAGGAAGCAAUGAUGGGUUUGGCCCAGCUGUACAAAAAGUACUGUCUUCAUGCUGAGGCUGGGAAAGAAGCUGCACAAAAUGUUAACUGGAUCAAAGAUAAACUCCUGCAUAUCUACUACCAGAACAGCAUUGAUGACAAGUUGUUGGUGGAAAAGAUCUUCGCCCAGUACCUUGUACCCCAUAAUUUGGAGACUGAAGAAAGAAUGAAAUGUCUUUAUUAUCUUUAUGCUUCCUUGGACCCAAAUGCAGUCAAAGCAUUGAAUGAAAUGUGGAAGUGCCAAAACAUGUUACGGAGUCAUGUUCGGGAAUUGCUAGACCUGCAUAAACAGCCUGCAUCAGAGGCUAACAAUAAUGCCAUGUUUGCCAAACUGAUGGCAAUAGCAAAAAACUUGCCUGACCCAGGAAAAGCGCAGGAUUUCAUGAAAAAGUUUAACCAGGUUUUGGGUGAUGAUGAGAGGCUGCGGGCUCAGUUGGAAUUGCUGAUUAGUCCGGCAUGUUCAUGUAAACAAGCAGAAAUCUGUGUGAGAGAAAUAACACGUAAACUAGCAAAUCCCAAGCAACCAACUAAUCCCUUCCUGGAGAUGGUGAAAUUUCUGCUGGAAAGGAUUGCUCCAGUGCAUAUUGAUUCUGAAGCUAUCAGUUCUUUAGUGAAGCUCAUGAAUAAAUCCAUCGAAGGCUCUGCAGAUGAUGAAGAGGAAGGUGUAACCCCUGACUCUGCAAUCAGAGCAGGCUUGGAGCUUCUUAAGGUUUUGUCAUUCACACAUCCCACCUCCUUCCACUCUUCAGAGACGUAUGAAUCACUCUUGCAGUGUUUGAAGAUGGAGGAUGAUAAAGUAGCAGAGGCUGCCAUUCAAAUCUUCAGAAACACUGGACAUAAAAUAGAAACUGAUCUCCCACAGAUUCGUUCUUCACUUAUUCCAAUCCUGCAUCAGAAAGCAAAGAGAGGUACACCUCGCCAAGCCAAGCAAGCUGUUCACUGCAUUCACGCCAUCUUCACAAAUAAAGAAGUACAGCUGGCACAGAUCUUUGAGCCACUCAGCAAAAAUCUGAAUGCUGAUGCACCUGAACAGCUGAUAACACCGCUCGUCUCCUUAGGGCACAUUGCCAUGUUGGCCCCAGACCAGUUUGCCUCUCCAAUGAAGUCGGUGGUUGCAAACUUUAUUGUCAAAGAUUUGCUUAUGAACGACCGGGUAUUUUGCAGGAGGAAAAAUGGCAAAUUGUGGACCCCAGAUGAGGAAGUCUCUCCAGAGGUGCUGGCUAAGGUUCAGGCCAUUAAGCUGUUGGUGCGGUGGCUGUUAGGGAUGAAGAACAACCAAUCUAAAUCUGCCAAUUCCACGCUGCGGCUAUUAUCAGCAAUGCUCGUUAGUGAGGGUGAUUUAACUGAACAGAAAAAGAUAAGUAAAUCUGAUAUGUCUCGGUUACGGUUGGCUGCAGGAUGUGCCAUACUUAAACUUGCACAAGAACCUUGUUACCAUGAAAUUAUCACCCCAGAGCAGUUCCAGCUUUGUGCACUUGUUAUUAAUGAUGAGUGUUACCAGGUGAGGCAGAUAUUUGCUCUGAAACUACACAAGGCCCUGGGGAAAUUAUUACUUCCAUUGGAGUAUAUGGCAGUGUUUGCACUAUGUGCCAAGGACCCUGUAAAGGAGCGAAGAGCACAUGCCAGACAGUGUCUCCUUAAAAAUAUCAGUAUACGGAGGGAGUAUAUCAAGCAAAACCCAAUGGCUCAUGAGAAGCUGCUGUCUCUCUUGCCUGAAUACGUAGUCCCAUACACAGUUCAUCUACUUGCCCAUGACCCAGAUUUUACAAAAACGCAAGAUAUUGAGCAGCUACGUGACAUCAAAGAAUGCCUGUGGUUCAUGUUGGAAGUUUUAAUGACAAAAAAUGAAAACAAUAGCCAUGCUUUUAUAAGAAAAAUGGUGGAGAACAUCAAACAGACCAAGGAUGCUCAAGCACCAGAUGAUUGCAAAAUGAAUGAGAAACUCUACAUAGUAUGUGACGUGGCACUCACUGUCAUUACCAGCAAAAGUACAACAUAUAACUUGGACUCUCCAAAGGACCCAGUGCUCCCAACAAAAUUCUUCACACCACCCGAUAAAGAUUCCUGCAAUAGCAAGUCCUACUUGUCAGAUGAAGCAAAGACAUUAUUACUCACAGGGAAGCCUAAACCUGCUACUGUACUGGGUGCAGUGAACAAACCUCUGUCAGCAGCUGGUAGAAGACCACAGACCAGAACCCCGGUGUCAGAUACUGGAAGCAAUAUAAGUGGAAACUCUGAACCCAGCUCACCAGCUGCAAACAAGGGAAGGUAA